CUGUGGAACUGUGUGCUACAGGUAAAGUGUUCAGAAUUCUGCUAAACUGGUUCUCUGAAUUCCACUGGCUCAGAUGCAGGUCUUGGCAGCGUUGUGCUUCCUUGUCUUGGCACACCUGCCCCCCCUGAGGGGGGAGGUAGUGGGAAGCUUCCAGGACGUCCCGGAGUGCCUGGACUUCUUCUACGAGGGCAAGGUGCCCGAGUGGGGCGCGGCCACGCCUGGCGCCGCCCGUUUGUGUCAGCGAUUCAAGAACAGCUACCACUUCGCCACGCUGUACGACACGCUCCACCGCAUCGCCGUCUACUCCGCCUACCGCUUUCAGACCAGCGACGGCGGCGGUCGCGAGAAGCGCUGGUUUGUGGAGCCACAGCUCGUGGACCUCAGUUUGGGUGCGGAGAUGCGGGACGGGUACUGGCUCGGGCAGGACAAUCCGGGGGUGUACUUGGGUGAGAGGCAGGCUCUCAACGAGGACUACACGCACUCCGGCUUUGACCGCGGACACCUCAACCCAAACGGACACCACCCAGUGCCCAGCCGCAACGCCACCUUCACUCUUACCAAUGUGGUGCCCCAGAACCCCAAGCUGAACCAGAAUGCCUGGCGCAUGUACGAGUCCCAGCUGACCGACCUCUUCAACGCCCAGUGCGCGCAGGCCUACGUGCUGGUGGGCGCCAUCCCUUCCGCUGACAACUGGAUCAUCAAGAACAACGUCAAGCGGGUCAACAUCCCCGACUACAUCUGGAACGCCUACUGCUGCCUGGACAACAACGGCCAGCCCAUCCGCAGCGGGGGGGCCAUAGCUAACAACACUGAGAAGAACCACUUUGGCAGGCACACUCUCUCAGAGCUGGAAGAGUUCCUGAGUCAGUACCAAUCACCAGUGGGGAAGCUCUUCUCCAACAACUGUGGGGCUUAGAAGAGUAUUGUACAUUACAGAAGGGAAGUCAGACACACCCCAUAGGCGUACAGAGAAUAUUUCUGUCUAUUUUUGUAAUUUCCAUUUCACCAUGAACUCAUUUAUCUAAUUUAUGCACUAAAACCCACUUAUUCACAAUUUAGUUAUUUGGUUGAUGCAUUUACAAAGGAGUACUUAAUAUGGUAAGAAAACCACCACGAGAUAUUGCAAUCUCACAAGUUCUCCCCAUUCAACCUUUAAAUAAUCAACAAUGUUAAAUUUCGACGUGGAUACAGCUACUGUAACAAUGGAAUGGAAGACAAACUUCCACGGGUAUAUAACACACACAUUGAUUCUCCCAUUUUCAAUAAAGGCUGUACGUCUUCAGAAA